UCAGCUCAUUCAUCAUAGUACUAACUAAAAUUUUGAACUAAUCGACAUGGGAACCAAAAGUCCCAUUCUUGAUUUCUUUUCCUUUCAAGGCAUCACUUGAGUCUCUUCCUUCCCUUUACCUCCACUCAUCUCUAUUUCCAUCUUAUAAUUACAGUUGCCUCUAAAUAAAGUCAUAAUACUAAAGACAUCUAGUUGGGAGAACUUCAGUUAUGGAGAUUAAGGUAGAAGAAGAAGAAGAAUCCCACCGCGAACAUGGUGAAGAAAAGCAACCACUCCUACAACAUUUGUCUCCACUAUCCCAAACUGAAAACAAAACCCUUAUUCAGACUGCAAUCAGUCAAACGUGUCAAAGCACUGCGCAUUUGGCUAACCUCUUGCCCACCGGUACCGUCCUUGCUUUCCAACUUCUCUCCCCCAUUUUCACCAACCAAGGCAACUGUGACUCAACCUGUCGGUCAAUGAAGGCUGCCCUCCUACUGCUUUGUGGAUUGUCAUGUUUAUUGUCGAGCUUCACAGACAGUUUCCGAGACAAGGAUGGGAAUGUCUGUUAUGGGUUUGCUACAUUGAAUGGAUUGUGGGUCAUCGAUGGUUCUGUCAGUGUUCCGCCUGAAUUCGCCGCAAAAUACAGACUCCGGUCCAUAGAUUUCAUGCAUGCUUUUAUGUCGAUGCUAGUGUUUGCAGCAGUGGCAUUAUUUGAUCAGAAUGUGGUGACUUGCUUUUACCCAACACCGUCUGCUCGAGUUCAGGAGAUCCUCACGGCACUACCGGUGGGGAUCGGCGUUUGCUGCAGUAUGUUGUUCGUUGUUUUUCCUACAACACGACAUGGAAUUGGCUUCCCCUUGUCUGCAAAUUGAAAUUUUCCCCAUUAAUAAACAGUAACAUAUUGUUCACGAUUUAGAGUCAUUGUCACAUAUUGAAGAUUUAGUAAUGAGAAAAUUUGAAGUAUCGUGUAUAUAUAUACACAUUAUAUAUUAUUAUCUCGUCCAUGAUCAACUAGUCCAAGUUUGCUGAUUAUCACA